GCGGCUGUUUGCUAAUUUAAAUACGAUUGUUUUAAUUCAUAUUAUCAGGAUACUUAUACCUAUCAAUUUUAAUCUGAAGUUCGUUAUUUGAACUGAUGAUUUGCAUGCCGUUCUGGUCCUAUGAGAACUUCACCACGUAUUUACACACACAGUUCGGUGCCCGUGACUAACUGCAAUAAAUUAAGCACUCAUCUGACAUGUCAUCCUCGAAUACACUAUGAUCAAAACAUUAGCAAAGUUUCGGCAAUUUAAUUUCGCUUUUGUAAUGUUUCUAUGACGGUUAGCGCCCUUCUUUAGUAGUGUAAUAAUUGUUUCCGAACUAUGACGGGUAACUCUUAAACGAAAGAAUAGGAUCGGAUAUUUACAAAUUUAAAAAAGUAGUGAUCAGUUAAGAAGUCGAUGAUCAUUUUAAAAUUUUGUUUCACAUAUUCUCUGUAUACACUAAUAGGAUCACCUUGAGAAAAAAACUUGACAAAUUUUUUGUGCUGCGCUUAUCAACACGAUUGUGUGACUGUGUUCCAGUUGGUGAGGGAAGUAUACUUGAUGCGUACUUGCUUUUGCUAAAGACAUAUUAUUAAUAACUAUCUAACAUAUCUGUGUAAAUAAUUAUAUAUUAUAAAUAUUGUACAAUGGCACGGACAAGUGUGGUACAAGGGUAUACUAAUACCAAAUGAAAGGGAACCUAUCUCUUGAAGACGUUGUGUGGUAUAUAAAUGAAGUCAUGUAUGCAUCGAUGGUAUGGGUUGAGCACAAGUUUUCAAUCGCCAAGAGUCAUUGCUUAAGCGUAAAAGUGUGCAAACAGCACCGUCAAUAUGUAUUAUUCAUCAAUUACCAUCUCUACGUCAUAUUGGAUAGUUAUUAAAAUUAGAAUAAUUGGACACUAUUGCAAUAAUAUAUGACCACCUUGGGUUGUCAUAAUGUGGAAGAUCUGAUGCGACAAAGCUGCAAAAUUAAGCCUACCAGUUCAGCAAUAAUGGAAAGUUUGGAUAGCCUUCUAUCCAAUGAUCGUGAUAACCAGAAACCUAGUGGAGGAAGUACACCAUGGCAUGAUUCGACGAUUCAUAAAAAAUCUUCAGUGCAACCAUUAAAUGAAUCGCACAGCUUUUUACUAAUUGAUGGAAGAGAGCAUCUCAAAGUUUCAAGCACUGAACAAUUUAUUGAGAAUUUAAAAUGUGGCGGUAAAAAUGUAAAGUUAAAAGUUGUAUCCAUAUUUGGCAACACAGGGGAUGGAAAGAGCCACACGUUGAACCAAGUAUUUUUUGGUGGUCAAGAAGUAUUUCGAACUUCAAAUGAGCAAAGCUCUUGUACACUCGGGGUCUGGGCAGCAUUUGAUCCCACAUUAAAAGUAAUUUGCUUGGAUACCGAAGGACUGCUAGGAAUAACAGCUCAUGAAAAUCAACGAAUGAGACUUUUGCUCAAAGUUCUCGCGGUGUCUGACAUUGUAGUUUAUAGAACUCGCUCUGAGAGACUUAACCGAGACUUAUUUACAUUUAUUGGAGCUGCAUCACGAGCUUACAGUCACCAUUUUCAAAAUGCACUACAAGCUGUUGGGCAAAGAGAAGGUAUGAACGGCUCUUUGAGUGCACUUGGGCCAAGUAUCAUAGUGUUUCAUGAGACUCGGCAUACCAGAACAUUGUCCAGUAAUGCAACAGAAAGUGCAGAGGAUAUUUUAAGAGCACGUUUUGAUCAGAUGCGGUUGGAAAUUGAAGCGUUUAGCUCAAUAAAGUAUGUUGGUGUCGAAACGCCAAAUCCGCCAACAGAUUAUCAACCCUUGAGGAGGGCCAUUAAAAAUGAGCUGGAUAAUACGACUGUUCGUUCUGCUAGGAGGCCUCACCUGGUCUAUGGCACUCUUAAAAUACUCAAUGAUAAAUUUUCUGGUGAAAUUGAAAACUUGUCAAACAUCCUAUUUCCUGACCAGUACUUUACUUGCACUGUCAAGUGCUUGAGCUGUGAUUGUAGAUGCAUCAACAGUAUGGGACACCUGCGUGAAGGCAAACCCCAUGCUAGUGAUUCCAGAUGUCGUUACCAGCAUCAGUAUGAAAACUUGGUCUACAUUUGUAAAAAGUGUCAUGGCAACGGAAGUGAAGUCGUUGUCACUAGUCGUACGCUAACCCAGAGUGAUGCAAGCUGGUAUGGAUUCGCCAAGUAUGCGUGGUCUGGAUACGUGAUAGAAUGUCCACACUGUGGUGAGAUAUAUAGAAGUCGACAGUUUUGGUACGGAAAUAAAAAUCCUGAGGAUGCAGCUGUUAGAACAGAAAUAACACAUGUUUGGACUACGGCUAAUGCUUCACUGGCAUCUCAGAAUACUGCUCAAAGAGUUAUUGACGGUGUUUCGUAUAUAACUGAAGCUGUAACCAAUGCAUCAAUUCAACCGACAAAACUAUUGACAUCCUGGGUUGCCGAUCAAGUUGCUCCUACAUACUGGCGGGCCAACAACGAAAUUAAACACUGUCAUAAGUGCAAAGCUCCAUUUGGCCCAACAGAUACAAAGCACCAUUGCCGAGCUUGUGGUGAAGGGUUUUGUGCCACCUGCUCAUCAAAAACAAAACCAGUGCCACUAAGAAAUUGGUACACACCAGUUAGAGUUUGUGAUAUAUGUUUUGACAAGGACGAUAAUUCUAAUGAAGAUUUGAGUGAAAGUUCCGAAGAUGUUAGCGCAAGGAAAGUUACCGAACAUGUCGUUUCGACAUUGAACGUGGUUGGAACUGUCUUGAGUUACUCAAAGUCACUGAUCAAGGAUACAGUGAGGCCAAGCUACUGGGUACCUGACUCGGAAGUAACAAACUGCUGUGUCUGUGCGGUAAAUUUUUCAGACACAGUGCCUUUACAUCACUGCAGGGAUUGUGGCCGCGGGGUUUGUCAAGAUUGUUCUACUCAUCGAAAGCCAGUUACUCGACGUGGUUGGGAUAAAUCUGUUCGUGUGUGUGAUCUGUGCAUCAAGAUCGAUUGAAAAAUGACUGUUAUUUUAAUAACUUGAUGGCGAGCUAUUAAGAGUUAUAUAAAUGUAAAUAAUUGUUAUCCUGAUGUCGAGUAAAGACCAUCAAAGAAA